AUGGCCGACACACCUCCCCGCCGUUCGCGUCUACCGAUCAGGAAGAAGAGCCCGCCCGAACUCCGAGCUCGAAAUGACAUACGACCCACGAGUGCACCACCCGGACCGCGCUUCGAAGCAGUGCAACGGAACGAUGCCAUACAGGGUCAGGAUCUCGACGGUAACUCAAACCUGCCAACGAUCAACGUCGAGCAAAUGCUUGAACGUGAUGCUCCUUAUGACGCAGCCAGCUUGACAAGCGCGGACGAGGAGCAAUCAGAGAAGUCAUCCGUCGACCAGCGCCCUGCGACUGACCAGGCUGAGAUUGGUGCCGAACGCGAGUCAGAUACCACAGACUCGGCUACUGAGUCAAGCAACGAGGACAACCUACUUGUACCUCCAGCAAGUGUUGCCCAAAGUCCAACACCAGCAUCAGUAAGGACGAUCACAAGGAAGCCAAGCUUCAGUAGGGCCGUCAAGGUCAGAUGA